UUUGCAGGGAGAUGGCCCUCAAGGCCGGUCUCGAGCUGCCCCGCCGUUCGUCUUCUGAGGCGACCAAUGCUGCCCUGGCAACCGCUCUUCAGUCUGGGCUUCUAGUCCUCCAGGCUGAAGCUGCCAGGGAGGCCGAUCUGAAGGAGGCCAAGGCCAAGGCUGAUGCGGCUGUCGCCACAGCCCGGGAGGCCGCUCGUCGAGCUGAGGCGGAGGCUGCAGCCAAGGGGAGGGAGAUUGCAGCCCUGCAGGCUGAAUCCCGCAGCCAGUUGGCCGGUCUUGAGAGAGCCGGUUUCAAGCUUGUUCCGGUGCUUCCUGCCGCCAAGGAUGCCACUCCGGAGUGGUUGGUCGACACCUCCGGCUACAGGAACACCGGGGAAUUCAUGGAUUCCGCCAAAGAUUAUUGCGUCGGGGCCUUCGGUGAUGUAUUCUCU